AUGAAAGGAUCAACGGCAACCCUGUUGCUGCUGCUGCUGGUGGUUGCGGCCACCGCCAACUCCGACCCCGGACCGAUCUGUCGCCCGACGGGCAAAUACCUGGUGGAGAACCCGCGUGACUGUCGCUCGUACUUCUACUGCUUCGACGGCCAAUCGUUCUAUGGUCAGUGCUCCGAUGGGUUCCGGUUCGAUGCCACCCGCCAAUCGUGUCUACCGGCCACCGUCCAGGAGUGUUACGCUUGCCCGGCUCACGGCGCCGGCAAUGUGCCCCAUCCGACCGCCUGUGACAAGUUUGUGCUCUGCUUCCUGGGAGUGGCACACGAGCGCUCGUGCCCGGCCGGGCUACUGUUCAACUCGCACCUCGCCCAGUGCGAUCUGCAGGCCAAAGUGCACUGUAACAAGCGGAACUAG